GGAGACACGGAAAAUCAGUUCCUCCUGCAAAUCAUGUACCGUUCACUUGUAAAAAUCGUCUAAAAAUCAAAACAAAAUGUCACACGAACCGCGUAACAUCGGCUUUUAGUGCAUUUCAGUGAAAAAUCAAGAGAAAUCGACAAAAACAAGACUUUUGACAAACAAAACAAGAACUUUCCUUCGGGAACACUACAAAGAAUUUUAUCUCAUUCUCACUUUCAUUACCAAAUACACACUCACACACACGAAAAAAAGUUAACUAAAAGUGCUAUCGAUUCGAUAUUUAACAAAAAAAAAAAAAGUUCUUGCAAAUUCUUACGCAAUUGCUAGUUCCAAUAACAAAAAAGAGUGAAAUGUAAGAAAGAAAAAUCAAUCCGGCCAAAAUAUUGAGCUGGCGUGAAAACAACUUCUAAGAAGUCAAGUGCUGGAAAAUAAACAAAAAAAAAAGAUUGGUUUCAAUCAACAAGCAAUUUUAGCCGAAAGAAUUUUUAGUGAAAAAUCAAUUAAACGUUACUCCUUGUGUAAAUAAACCAAGUGGAAAAUGUACAAAGUUUAAAUUCUAAUUGGAUUAUUACCGAACUGGAUACAAAAAAAAAGAGUGAAGGAAUUUUUAUCGCUGCACAUGUGAUCAACAAAACGGUGUCGCGCAUGAAAGAGUAAAACGAAAGUCGGGAAUUUUUUUUUGUGUUUAGUACUAUGGAUUAUGCUGUGAAGGCAGCGCGCGGUCGUUUUUGGAACAGAUGGAAUAGAUUGCGCUUCGAAAGUGACGAGCUAGAAUGUCUCUAUCAGCGAUAUACGCUCAAGUUGCAACGCUUCUCCGUGAUGGGAGUGCUGGCGUUGAUUGUUGUGCUCAGUGGCGUCAUGGCAGCUCUGAGUUUGGGAUACAAUCAGGCACCAACGCUGCAUAAUGUCUUCAACUCAAUUUUAUGUCUUCUGUUUUCAAUACUUCUCGCUCUCGUGCAAUUUCGCGUUAUCCGAGACUCAUAUCUUCCUGUUUUGUGUUAUGGCAUCAUGUUUUGCAUGGCUGCCUUUUGUUUUAUCUCGAUGCCAACUGUGGGAAAUAUUUUUCCGGUAGAUACGAGAGAUGUAAUGGCUGAAGGUGUUUGGCAAAUAGCGUUCGCGAUAUUCCUCACCUACACAAUGUUGCCGCUGCAAAUCUGGGAAGCCGUUUGUUUCGGCACUCUCCUGCCCACCGUGCACAUCAGCGUCACGAGCUACAACAUCAUCAUCGGGAAAUUCCAGCAAUUCAUCUACCAGCAACUCGUGGCGAACAUUUUCAUGUUUGUCGGCGUCAACGUUGUCGGUCUCGUGGUAAAUGUCAUGAUGGAACGAGCACAACGUCGCGCCUUCCUCGAUACGCGCAACUGCAUCGCGGCACGUCUCGACAUGGAAGACGAGAACGAGAAGCUCGAACGUUUGCUGUUGUCGGUGUUGCCGCAACACGUGGCAAUGGAGAUGAAAAAUGACAUUUUGUCGCCCGUCGAAGGACAAUUCCACAAAAUUUACAUACAAAAACACGAAAAUGUGAGUAUCUUGUUUGCCGAUAUCGUGGGUUUUACGGUGCUGGCGUCGCAAUGCAGUGCGCAGGAGCUCGUACGGUUGCUAAACGAGCUUUUUGGCCGCUUUGAUCAACUCGCGAACGACAAUCACUGCUUGCGCAUCAAGAUUCUCGGGGAUUGUUAUUAUUGUGUGUCGGGUAUUCCGGAUCCGAGACCCGAUCAUGCACGAUGCACCGUCGAAAUGGGACUCGAUAUGAUAGAUGCCAUUGCCUCCGUCGUCGAAGCAACCGACGUCAGUCUGAAUAUGCGCGUGGGAAUCCACACGGGACGUGUUUUGUGUGGCGUUCUCGGACUAAGAAAAUGGCAAUUUGAUGUGUGGUCAAAUGAUGUCACGAUGGCAAAUCACAUGGAAUCAGGCGGCGAACCGGGACGAGUGCACGUGACAAGAGCCACUCUCGACGCUCUCGGAGGCGAAUAUGAAGUAGAAGCGGGACAUGGUGACACGAGAGAUGCCUAUUUGAGAGACCAUAACGUCGACACGUACUUUAUAGUUCCUCCAGCACACAGAAGAAAACCUCUAAUGCUCAACACAUUAGGAGUGAGAUCCGCUCUGGGCGUCGCAAAUCGUCGAAAAUUAUCAUUUCGCAAUGUCUCGAAUGUUGUCGUCCAGUUGCUGCACACGAUAAAAUAUUCAGUUCCUGUUCCCUUUUCGAAUGUGGUUCAACCCUAUCCAGGCAGCAGCUCAUCGGGCGGCUCAGGAGGCGUUUUUAUUGACAAAAAUGCUCGAAAAGUGUCAUAUUUGACAAAAGUUCUUCAUGCUGGUCCUCCGACACCAAAUGGUGCCGUAAGUGAGGCAUCUUCGUCGCAACAAACGCAAGAACGAACAAAACGAACGAAGAAAAACAACGUCACGGAAAAAUUCAAAAGACCGUUUAAGAAGAGACAUUCGAGUGUUUAUCAUCAACCGACAAAUCGAGUGAAUAAAUUUUUGUCACAAGCGAUCGAGGCACGUAGCAUUGACCGUGAAAAGUCGGUGCAUGUGAAUCAGUUCACGCUGCGGUUCCGCGAAAAGGAGAAGGAGCGUUUGUAUCAUCAGGAUUUCGAUCUCGGGUUCACUUGUAGCAUCCUGUGUAGCUUUUUCCUGCUGAUUCUGAGUGUUGGAUUGCAAGUUUCUGCUUUGCCUCGUACCCUAAUUUUAUUGCUACUAUUUUUAACCGCAUUUAUUUGGAUAAGUGCUAUAUUGAUGCUCCUGCUAGCUGCUAGGUUGAAAUGGAUCGUGUGGGAUGUAUCGCAAAGCUUUUCACUUCGCUUGGCAAUUACCGUGUUCACCAUCGUGCUCCUCUACUCGGUCGGACAAGUUAAUGUGUUUACAUGUCUCUCGGAUCAUCCGUGCAACACAAAUUUCACGACAAAACCACCGACGAUGUCGCCCUUGACAAUUAUCAAUGACGGCUACAAGGAUGGCGAUUUCAUGCGGAGCGGCGGCGGCAGCAACUCCAACUUGUUCAAUGGACAUCACUUUGCCACGAAUAACGGCAGUCAUCGAAAGUGCGCGUUGCCACAGUACAUUGCACUGAGUGCUACUUUUGCAUUUUUAUCUGUGUCACUAUUUUUAAGGCUGCCAAUCAUUAUUAAAACAUUAUUGGUUACUUUGAUGGCAUUAAUUUACUCGCUUUUUAUUGAAAUUUCACACGAUCAUGUAUUUGACUGUUACGACAAACGUGUUGAAUCUACAAUCCCACUGCAUUUAAUCUCGCUCGCUCGCAUUGUAAUCUUCAUGAUAGCAAUUUUAGCUCAUGCCCGACAAGUUGAGUGGACGGCGCGUCUCGAUUUUCUCUGGCAGUUGCAAGCGUCGCAGGAAAAACGUGAAAUGGCGGUGUUGCAACAGUCGAAUAAGCGAAUUUUGUACAAUUUAUUGCCUGCUCACGUUGCUGCGCAUUUCCUCGAUGACCAAUUUCGGAAUAAUAUGGGAACGCUGGGACAGGAUUUGUACUAUCAGAGUUACAGCAAAGUUGGUGUAAUUUUCGCAUCGGUGCCGAAUUUCCAUGAAUUCUAUACCGAACUGGAUGGAUCGAAUCAGGGAGUAGAAUGUCUAAGGUUGUUAAAUGAAAUUAUCGCGGAUUUUGAUGAGCUUUUGUGUGAGGAACGUUUUUCCAUGAUUGAUAAAAUUAAGACUAUCGGUUCGACAUAUAUGGCUGCUAUUGGCUUGAUUCCGGACCACAAAAUGAUCCCGACUGACCCAAAUUCAACGAGAAGACUGAUGACAGCGUUGAUGGAAUUUAUCAAGGCCAUGCGUGCAACACUUAAAAAUAUCAACGAUAAUUCGUACAACAAUUUUAUGCUGCGAGUGGGAGUAAAUUGUGGUCCAGCGGUUGCUGGCGUCAUUGGCGCUCGAAAACCUCAGUACGAUAUAUGGGGAAAUACGGUGAAUGUGGCAUCGCGGAUGGAUUCGACGGGCAUCCCGGGAUAUACGCAAGUCACGCAGGAGGUGGUUGAUAGUUUGCAGGGAUCUCAUUUUGAAUUUCGCUGUCGCGGUCAAAUCAAAGUCAAAGGAAAAGGCGACAUGGUUACUUACUUUUUCGUCGAUAACAUUGCUGGCGAAAUCCGAGGCACAAUGCCGCCCAAUAUUCUGCAAAAUUACCCGAUUGUCAAAGCAUCCGAGAUCCGAAACAGCAAUUCAAACAAUUUCCCUCCAGAAAACGGCAAAAAUUCGAAUCCGGGCAUGAUCAAAUCUCGCAGCGACGAAAAAUAUCACAACUACAACAGCGACUAUCCCGUUCGCUAUCCAAAUAACGGCGUUCAAACGCCCAACGGGAUGUCAAAUGGUCAUUACUUGUCCGCCGUGCCGCAUCGCAGCUACCAAAACUUCAAUAUCACCGAAAAUCCGCACAUGUCGCCCUCGACGCCGUUGUUGCAGCAGGAAAUGUACCAAAAUAAUCAGCAACAACCGCAGCAACAGCAACAACAACGUCAUCGUCAACAAAUGAACGGUUGCUACGAAGACGAGCCCCUUUUGCAUAAUCCCGUGAUGAUGUCGAACAACGUUCGGCAACACAAUCCACCGAAAUACGAGGCGCCCAAAUAUGCGGCAAUUCCGUCGCACGUGCGUCAAGUGUACCAGCAACAGCAUCAGGCACACAAUCAAGUCGCCGCAGACCCGAAACCGCCCAUGUUGCGCGUUUACAUGAAACCGUUGCCAAAAUUGCCGCAAGAUGACAGCCGGGACAUGUCAUCGACAGACGAUUUGAGUUCGCGACCCCAUUCGCCGAGCAUGAGCUCUUCCGACGAGAGUUAUUCGAAGACGACGGAGAACGACGAAGGCACAGAUUCGCCAUUGCCGCCUCCGAAUCAAAUUCUCCGGGCGCAAAAUCCCCUCCAAUGGCUUUAUCCGGGCGACAUUCAAGUCGAUCCAACAAUUUCGCCCAAAUUGAGUCCCAUCGAGAUGUCAAAUUUGCGAGAAUUUGAAAUUAGUUCGACUACUGAGAGUGCCGCGGCAUCCACAGUCCCCAAUAAAGGCGAAUCCUGCAACAGUUUCGAGUAUUUGAACGAUCGUGGUUACCCCAAGUCGCCAUUUGAGCGUGAAAUUCAGCGAUUACUCGAGUCCUCGAAUCGCAAUUCGGCUCAUAACAACGCACAAGAAGUCUCGGUGACACAAAGCGGGGCCCAAAUCACGAACGGCAACAAAACCAGUGGCAGCAGUAACAGCGGAGGCUCCAGCAACAAUGGGCAAAGUCGCGAAAAUCUCGAUGCCGCGUCAGACAAACCAAAAAUUACCAAUCAAUCGAUACUUAUGUGCGGCUUGGAAGCCAUCAGGGAAAUUACGCGCAACAAAAACCCCUCGGAAUCGAGUCAAAUGCAGACUUCCGACACGGAAUCCUGCGAAAUUAUCAACGAUUUGCGGGGUGUGCGGAACGAAACGAACUCCAAUAAUGUCACGGCGUUGGGAAAGAGUUUUUUGGUGCGAAAGGAAAGUUUGAAAAGUUCGGAAGGCGGCGCAGAUACGGACGAUAAUGAGCUGAUUGAAGACGAUAUUCAUCAGAAUUACAUCAGUGACGCGCUGAAAUACGGUGCUGGGCAUCAAAGUGUGAAUUCGAAUCCCGUGGAAUCGCAGUCUGAAUGGAGCGAUGAUGAAAUUCGAGAGGAAGCGACUGGCGGCGCUGAAAGUACUGGCUACAUCACCGACGAACAAGGCUUGGAAAAUGUUUCGUUGCUCAACGAAGCUGGACUGACAGAUGCCGAGGGAGCUCUGAGUGACGUCAAUUCCUUGUAUAACGCUCCCGACGUGGACGAUACCUCGAUUUCGAGUCGUGCCAGUAGUCGAUUGCUCAGUCUCGACUCGUUGAGUGGACUUUAUGACUGCGAAGUGGAUUCGAAGCAUGAGAUGGCGAUCGUUAAUGCGUCUCACAAAAUCACCAAGAACUUUGGACCGCAGAGUUAGACAGCCGAAGAAUCAUCACGUAGUUUUUAAUUAAUUUAUUUUUUAAAUGUAGGUGUGAAAAUGAGAAAGAAUUUUAACCGUUAACGUAGAAAUCUUUUGAUUUUUUAGAACAAAACACUGACAAAAAAAAAUUUUACAUGUUUUAUGAAUUAAUUAAUAGGUGUGUUGUUCCCAAAAAAAAAAAAAAAAAUAAUAAAAAUCCAAAAAAUAGAAAAAAGCAUUUUGGAUCAUAAAUAAAUGUAUUUGCACAAAAAAAAUAUUAUCAAAAAAAUAUCCAACGAAAUAUUUUUAAAAAGGCACAAUUAUUUUUUCGACGUUAUUAAUAUGUAUUAUUGGACGUUCUAUGAACGCUAAACCAAAAAAAAAAAAAUAUUGCACCCAUAUAAAAAUAUCACCAAUUAAUAUUGAGAAAGAGAAGAGCGCUUCAAAUAUGUUUCAAAAAAUGCGUGUUUAAAAAAAUUAUUUUAAAAUCUCAUUGUGAUAAUUAAAUAUAAAUAAAUAAAAAAAAAAAUAUUAUUAAAAUUAAUUCUUAAAAAAAAAAAUAAAAAAACGCCAUGACAUGAAAUUUUUCCUAAGUUUAAGAAUGACGAAGACGUACUUACUUUGUGCAUAAAAGUUAACCUAAAUAAGUAGCUAGAGUAUCGCUUCCUUUUCAAAAGUGUUCCAGCAAAAAAAAAAAUGUUUAUAUUAAAUAAAUCACGUUGUGUGCCUCUUACA